ACUGUUAGUACAUGAUCUUCAUUUCCCUGUCUUCUUCGCUCUUAAAUUCAGACACAACAGAGAAACUAAAAGAUUAAUUUUCAGACAAGGAUUUUUUUUUCUUUUUUGCAAUCUGAGAGGAAAAAAUGAAAUUCGGGAAAGAGUUCUCGUCGCAAAUGGUGCCGGAAUGGCAUGAAGCUUACAUGAAUUACAGUUCUCUCAAGUCUCACUUGAAAGAAAUCAUCAAAUUCAAACGCAAAAACAAUAAUCACGGUCACGGCCAUCAUCACGGAGAAGGUCUUCGCCGGAAGUUGACCCUGUACCGAUCAUUCAGCGGUUUAAUCUCAACACCAGGUCGAAAGAAACAUCACCACGGCGGUCACGGACACGGUCACGGACACGGUGGUGGACAGAUCGGCCAUUUAUCAGAUUCCGACGACGACAUCGAGGAAGGAUUGAAGUCAGCGCCGAUUCUCGUGCACUCGGCGAGUCACGGCUACCAGACGACGUUUCUGAUGGAGGCGGAGGAAGGAGGAGAGUACGAGACGGUGUUUUUCCGGCGAUUAGACGACGAAUUCAACAAAGUGGAGAAAUUCUAUAAAGACAAAGUUCAAGAAGUGGUUAAGGAAGCUAUGAUGCUUAACAAACAGAUGGAUGCUCUUAUCGCGUUUCGGGUGAAAGUUGAGCAUCCUGAUAGCUGGCCGUGGGAAGAACGGACGGUGGAGAUGACUCGAUUAGCUUCUGAUGUCGCCAGUUCCGCCGCGGCCGUCGCUGCUUCUACUCCCGCCGGAGCUAGAUCCAUGAGGGCUGGAGCUCAGUCUCACAUGGAGGCAAUACAGGAAGGAGGAUCGAGCAAAGCUGGCAAAUCCGAGGAAGAUGACGAUGAUAAUGAUGUAGAAAAAGAAGAAGAUAACGUCGUCUCCGACGUGGCGGCCGGCGACACAAGUCGUCUGAAAGCUGCGAGGCCAUCUCCGAUCGAGGUUUUGGAUCGUGUUAAGAUCAACCAUACGAAGGAAACGCCUCGGUCCACCAUUAAAGGCGUUCUCAAGGCCUCGAACACGGAGCUUAAGUUUAGCAGAGAUAACCUGAGGAGAGUCGAGGAGAAGCUCAGACGCGCCUUCGUCGAGUUCUACCAGAAGCUUCGGCUACUCAAGAGCUACAGCUUUUUGAAUGUGUUGGCGUUUUCGAAGAUACUGAAGAAGUAUGAUAAGAUAACCUCGAGGCAUGCGACAAAGUCUUACAUGAACAUGGUUGAUAACUCUUACCAUGGAAGCUCUGAUGAGGUGGUUAGACUCAUGGAGCGUGUUGAAGCAACGUUCAUAAAGCAUUUCACAAAUGGUAACAGAACAAAGGGAAUGAACAUCUUGAGACCCAAAGCUAAAAGAGAGAGGCAUCGUAUUACAUUCUCCACAGGUUUCUUAGGCGGAUGCGUGUUUUCUCUAGUGGUGGCUCUAUUCGCCAUCAUACGCACCCGACACAUUUUGCAGAAGGAAGGCCAAGAACAGUACAUGAACACCAUGUUCCCUCUUUACAGCUUGUUUGGGUUCAUCGUGCUGCACAUACUAAUGUAUGCUGGAAAUAUAUACUACUGGAGGCGGUAUCGAGUGAAUUAUUCUUUUAUAUUGGGGUUUAAGCAAGGAACUGAACUUGGCUAUAGACCAGUCCUACUUGUGGGAUUCAGCAUUGGAGUCUGUGCGCUUCUUUGUGUUAUUGCCAAUCUUGACAUGGAGGUUGACCCCGAAACCAAAGAUUACGAAGCAUUAACCGAACUUCUUCCUCUUUUCCUCCUCAUUGUUCUGUUGAUAGUCCUAAUCUUACCAUUCAACAUAAUCUAUCGCUCGAGUCGCUUAUUCUUCCUCACAUGCCUCUUUCACUGCCUUGCUGCUCCUCUUUACAAGGUGACUUUACCUGAUUUCUUGUUGGGCGAUCAGUUAACAAGUCAGGUGCAAGCUCUUCGAAGCAUCCAGUUUUACAUAUGUCACUACGGUUGGGGAGAUUACAAACAUAGACUAAACACUUGCACAGACUCAGAUGCCUACAAUGCUUUCUUAUUCAUUGUUGCCGUCGUCCCAUACACCUGGCGUCUCCUUCAGUGCUUGAGGCGUCUGUUUGAAGAGAAAAACGCAGAACAAGGAUACAAUGGCAUCAAGUACUUCUUGACUAUAGUGGCUGUCUGCUUGAGGACGGCUUACAGUGUCGUCGACGAGGAUCAUCAAUUUGCAUGGAGGAUAUUAGCUGGGAUCUUCUCAGCUAUUGCUGCCAUUUUCUGUACGUACUGGGACUUAGUCUAUGACUGGGGUCUUCUCAACAGGACAUCCAAGAACCGUUGGCUCAGGGAUAAACUCCUUGUCCCGCAAAAGAACGUCUACUUCAUCGCAAUGAUCUUGAACAUCUUGCUCAGAUUCGCAUGGCUUCAGACCGUACUGGAUUUCAACUUCAAAUUUAUGCACAGACAGACGAUGGUUGCUGUUGUUGCCAGUCUAGAGAUUAUCCGCCGUGGGAUAUGGAAUUUCUUCAGGUUAGAGAAUGAGCAUUUGAACAAUGUUGGGAAGUACAGAGCGUUCAAGACGGUUCCAUUACCGUUUAACUACGACGAGGAUGACGACAAAGACAACUAGUUCUUCGACCUCAUGUGUUUUGAGUUAUGUAAAGACAGAUUCUUCAACUAUAUUCAUCCACAAAGAUCGAGAUCAAAUCGGAGAUGUUACAGUUAGGGAUUUGUAAGAGUUGGUGUCAACCUUGUAGUUGAU